GACCUAGACGUGUGAUAUUAAACAAAGGAUAUGGUAAGAUUUGCUCUAUGCUACUGGUAAUACUUUUGAGCAGAGAUUCUUUGAGCAAUAGAUUAAUUUAAUUAAUUAUUUGUUUAAUCUUACUAUUUUUAUUUAUUAAUUAGAAAUUUGCAUGUUCGGUAAAAGUUUCUUCUCAUUUUUUUUAGAAGUUAUGAAAUAUUUUUGUUCAUAUUUUUUUAUUUGAAUACAUCAGAGUUGUGAACAUAACGAUAUACAUAAAAUUACUAGCAUAAUACUUCCAUGGAGCUCUGUUUUUCAUGUUUUAUCAUUUUUGUGAUGUCAUCGGAUUUUUUUCUUCUUUAGAAGGUUGAGUGAAAGCUGUUAGGAUACGUUGGAAUUUCUACUACCCAUUCAAAGAAAUGAUCUGCAAAUGUCUUCCAGUAUUCUUCCUAUUAAUAUUUCUGGAAGCUGCUUCAUCAACCUACACUGCUUCAUGCAGCUUACUUCAUGUAAAAUAUGGAAGUCUAAAAAACUACGUAAUAUGCAAAGGAGAAUUUCUACCAGUUGAAAAUCUCAAAAAAACUUUGCAAAAUUUUACAGAAAGUAUAAAUACAUUCGAACUUCGCAAUGUCUCGAUGGAUGUUUUACCAGGAGAUAUGUUCGGUGGUAUAAAAAAGGGAGAUAUUCAGAAAAUAAUUUUUUCCCAUUCGACUGUAGAACUUCUCAAUCUUCCCGAGAUGCAAUACUCAGCUUUCAAAUCUGUAGAAGACACCUUGGAGAGUUUUGAAGUGUAUGACAGUUCUUCUGUUUUUGCAUGGAAUAUUUCAAUACUUGCCUCAUUGAAGAAACUGGAAAAGAUUGUCAUUGAAAAUUCUGAAUUCUUUGAGGUGAAAGCAAUAUUUGGAAAUUUUCCCAGAUUAAGACUUAUCCAGUUUAUCAAUUCUGCGGUCAGAUGGGUACAUCCGGAAGCCUUUAAAAACAUCAAAAAACUUACUAUUUGUUCUUUAGCUAAUAAUUACAUCACGGAAGUGAAAAGAUCGAUGUUUCCACAGCCAGCUACUUAUCUUUGGAAUUUGGAUUUAAGUUUCAAUAGGUUAAAAUCCCUGCCAAAGGAUAUGUUUGAUGACAUGCCUUCUCUCCAUGAACUGAAACUAGAUAACAACCAUUUAAGAUACUUCAAAGUUGAGCUUGUAAAACCAAUGUGGAACCAGCUAACCCAGUUAUGGUUGGAUGGUAACAACGCACUUUGCUGGCCCUUUUGUUGGAUUAUUGAAAAAGAACACAGACCUUUAUUUCUGGAUUCCGCCAAAUGUCGUACCAGUAAAAGCAUUAGAUUGGAUGAGUUUUAUUCUCGCUGCAAAAAGUUUUAGAAAAUAUUUUGAUCGGCAUUGAAACCAAUAGUUCUUGGAUUCGACUCACUACGUGGAGUAAUAUUAUCUAUAUAUCCUGAGCAGAAUGAUCAAAUUCUGAACAAAAUAUUAUAUGUAAAUACCUUGUCGUUACGUGUUUCUUAUAGUCAUGCAUUAAUAAAGUAUGUGAUU